CAGAGAUCGAUUUUCUCUCAUGGGGGUCAGUCAGCAAAGACUGUUUCAUUUGUUCCUUGCUUUCUAUGAUUCAAAAUCAAAAACUGCAGUGGUUCUGGAGGUUAUUUGUCUUUAGCUAUCAUUUCUUUUGUCUAUGUAAUGAAACAAGUUCAGUCCUCCUAUUCGAUGUCUUAGUUGUGUCGUCAUUCUGACGAGUUUCAGUUUGUAGUUUCUUUAAUCGUAAAAAUUAUGUUUCUUAGAGCUGCAGCUAGCAGCUUAUAAUGCUCUGCUACUAUUGAUGUUCUAGAAAGUGAUUCUCGAAAACUAAAAUAGAAGAACUGGAAGAACAAGAAAUGCUCGACGAUAGAUUCUAGGAAGCAGCUCUUUUUCCUCAUCUGGUUAUUGUCCUGGUACAUUUUUGCCAACGAGUACGACUUUGCUCGUGUGGAUUGGUGUUGUUGAUGAGGGUUGUCUGGACACGGCACGCAGCAGCGGAUGUAAAAAAUACAUCAGCAUCGGAGCUCGUCGACGAGACAUCACACGAUUUUGUGAAGCGAACGAACGAAAAUCAAAUAGCUACAUGAUCUGGUUAGGUCUACAGAGCAGAUAGAAACCGCAGACGAAAAAAUGGGUGCAGCAGCGUAUUUGCCAGUGGCAAACACACACAAAGAAACAGCACACGGCUGUGGAAAGGGCGGAAGAUGGGGCUACGGUGUGUGUGCUAUGCAAGGUAUUACCAUGUAAGGCUCCAUCACCGUUUUCAGAUCAUGUGGGAAUAGAUGGCGAUCGAGCAGUUUUGGAAUCACGAGAUGCGAAAGAAAAUAGAUGAAAAUAUUUUAAUAAAGAAAUUUCGAUUGGUAAACCUAAACUGUUUGCUUUUGCAACCGUCACCUUGGUCUCCCCUUUUCUCAGGAUGGAGACGCACGAUGGAAGAUGCGCAUCUGCAUAUCCCUGAUUUUGCUGAGGAUUUGGGACUUUUUGGAGUCUUUGAUGGCCAUGGGGGAUCUGCUGUCUCCAAACUUGUGGCGCAGAAAUUUCCAGCAAUCCUGAAAAAGCAGGCAGCUUUUGUCGAAGAAAACUACGCCGAAGGUACUACUUCUAUUUGCCUUGUUGUGGUUACCAAAUAGGCAGAAAUGCAGCGUGUAGCGUAUCGUCUACUGAAAAAUAUGGGUAGUUGAUGUUGAGAAUAAGGCACUUUCGGGGCAACAUCAGUAAUACGAGAAAGCAAUCCGAUGUAUUAUGAGAAACAACAACUACAGCGCUCAAGGCUGCGUUUAUAGAAAUGGAUAUAUACUUGGACUCAGACGAAGGACGCACCGAACUAUUGAAAAUCGGCCACGAAGAUGAUGAGCCUCCUCCACCGAAAGGCAACGGACAAGCAACCUCUCUACAAGAAUUCCUGGUAUUGAUUUGAGUAUGCGAUGAAAACUUCGCGGCUUAGGUUUUCUGGCUAUCAGCUGCUACAGUUUUUUUUAGGAUGUAGAGGCAGUUACAUUCCCCUAUUAUGACAUCGAGUGAGUGAUUUUUGCCAUUUUUCUUUUCCUCCAAAGACGAUAUGUUUAUAUAAAUAUACCAUCAACAGCGAACGACAACAUUAAUAGGAGAGGACGGUGAAGAAAUAGAUGCAUCGGAGCUACUGCAAAGCGCAAACUAUCUUUCCUUCGAUGGAGAUGAUGAGGGUGAUAAGAAAGAAACUAAGGAAGGUGAUGAAAAAUUAUCCGGAGACGGUGCUGAACCUGAACCCGCAAAAGACGCGAAAGGAGACACCGCAGCAAAAGAGCACACAUUGUCGACGUCAGAGGAAGAAUAUGAUGUUCUGACGGCGCAGCCAGAUGUUCUGACUGCGCAACCAUCCCCGGCUGUCGCAGCGCCAGCAGGCAGUGUGCAAGUUGGAGGUAGUUCAUCGUCGACGAGCAAUGCUGCUGCAAAUGUUGGAGCAGAGAAAGACUACGAAGUAGCACAGAAAAAAGCGGCAUCAAGCUCAGAGGAGGCCAAGAAUGGAGAGGCUACAGCAUCGACUGCAGUGCUAGAUGCUUCACAAUCACCAGCCGUAGGAGCUCCUCCGAAUGGCGGCAUACAGAGUAAGGAAGCAUUACCAAACGGAGGAGAUAAAGCCGAGGAUGGCGCAAGAAAAGGAGAAGAGCCAGCAUCAGGAGCGCCUUCCAGCAGCAUAGCACGAGGUAUAGAAGCAGCUGCUGACGGUGGCUCCGUGUUAGGUCCGGCUCUCCCAGCUGCACCAGCUGCGCUGAUCGGCCCGGCAGUGGGGCCAGCAAAGACGAUCGACGACCUGCCAGGGUCCGUCGCAGACUUACCGAAGAGUGAGGCUGACGAGCUCGAUGAGCUCUUUAAAGCCGUCCCAGAUCUCAGUGGCGGAGUGCCUUUUAGCAAUAUUCCCCUUGAUGAGCAGGCUGCUGAGUACGAUCGCGAAGAUGACAAGGAAAGCGGGAGCAGUAGCAGCGGAGAUGGCAUGGGUAAGUACUCAUUUUUAGAAUCGCUCGUGGUCCCGUUAUGCUAAUAUUCUUAUGCUCGUUGAAGAAAAGAUGAAAGGUCUUUACGCUCGUUCUUUCAAAAAUUGUGAUCACGCUGUAAUGACAAAUUGAGAUCGUUUGAUUGUUUUGUUUCGUCAUAAUCAGAUGAUAUCGAGGAUCUCGAGGAGCGAAUGUUUCGGCACCGCGUGAAUCCUGAAAGCCAGGGGUGCACGGCGAACGUAAUUCUCUUACAAUACAUACCUUCUACUGGCAAGUACCGUGUCUUCUGCGCUAACUGCGGUGACUCUCGGUCCGUGUUGUGUCGUCAGGGAGUCGGUAUGGGGCUCUGCGAGGACCAUAAGCCCUACAACCGCGAAGAAUAUGAGCGCAUUGUUGCAGCUGGCGGACAAGUCCUCGGAGAGUACCCGGGCCGCGUCGACGGAAACCUGAACUUGAGUAGAGCCAUGGGCGAUCUCAGCUACAAGGACAUGAAAAAUUCUCCAGAAUGCCAGAAAAUAUGCGUUGUGCCGGAUAUUUCGGUACUCAUUUUUGCCUCACCUUCGUGUUAGUGGUCAUCGCGCUAUUGAUGCGUUAGUACUAGUCUAAUCUUAUGGUCAAUUUCUCUGAUUUAUUAUCUUUGUUACAUUGAUCCAGCAUGAACUUGCACUUGAUUUUUUGGUCUUCUUGCACGUUCAUGUCGUACCUAUUUCAGAUAACGGACCUCCAAGACACUGACAAUUAUAUUGUCAUGGGAUGCGAUGGCAUCUUCGAGAAGAACUCAAAUGAAGAGCUCGUAGCAUGGCUAAACCAGAGAAUGCAUGACCACGUUGCCGCGAAAGAAGUCGAGAGUGCCGAAAACUUGAAUUUGAGCGCUGUUUCCGGCGAAUUUCUCGACUUCAAUCUGGCGCCGUCACCAGGAAUGUCAGAAAAUGGAGCAGGCUGCGAUAAUAUGAGUAUUACUUAAUAACCAUCACUUUUUUCUGUCAUCCACGCUCCAACCACGUGUCCUAUUGUUCUAUGUAUAAUCUCUAAUUUCAUAAUCACUGAAAUCGAGCUUUCGAGAUAAAAUAGAGUGGAUUUCAGCUGCUACAAUCUCUUCAACGCUAUAAUUCACAAGAACACCAAAGGUAUGAUGAUCGUGCGCGCAGUUCCCGGCGCACCGCUGCUUGUCGCAGAGAAAAACGAAGUGUCAGACAGAAGUACAACUGAGGGUGCUGAGCAGGAAAACGCUGCUGAGCAAGGAAAUGCCAAGCAAAGACAUCCAAAUGUCGAGGAAGCCGCGUCGUCCCCUCGUCCGGAACCGAAAAAACGAAAAACUGAAGGAGAGCAAGCAGUUGAGGAAGCACCUCUCGCAGCUGCAGAGGCAACUGCUUAAAUAUGGGUCCUUGCUAAGCCUAAGAUGAAGUAGAAGCUGUUGCCGACUCAAAAUAUUAAAAGUACUUCGUCUUUGUCUUUCGUCGGGACUCGUCCUCUUUUGUGCAUAUGCAGUUGCGGAGGCAGGGAAUGCCUUUGUAAUUGCAGAAUCAAUCUCCUCAAAAAUUUCCGUCUCUGAUUUUCUAAUCACAGCUGAGCAGCGAGGAGCAGUAAAAUCCUGUUUCUCGGUGCCAGUUGUCGGGGUCCGUUCUUGUGCGCGACAUUGUUUAAGGGACGCCGCAUCGCAGAAAGGGCGAUUUAGUCUUCCUGUGAAGUAGAAAUUACUUCACUGUUUCACGUGCUCUUCAUCAUGACCAGCACCAGGAUGAGGAGAUCCCGAUUUUUUUAUACCCUCCGCAUAAGCAAGGCACCUAAUUCAUACCAGACACUGAAAUGGCAACAAAGUGAAAUUCAUCGCGUGUACGCAUUGAGGUACAAAUACUGAUGAAUACCCCAUACUUCGUGAGUUUUUCGAGUUAUUUUUAACUUGCUCGGUAUUUACAAAAGCGCGUAGAAAUUCUUUUACCAUAAGGUAGAGAUCGCGACACUAAUUACUUACAAUGUUUGGUAUGUAGAAAAACGCUUUCACAAAAUAUAAUGAAGAGCAAUACCAUGUGAAACUCAUAUACAACCAUGCGUGUCAGACGAAAUAUAUAAUCCCCGACUGCUUCUCUGACUAAAAACCACCGAACUACGUAGUGGUUUUCUUUUUGUCCGGAAGGUGUGACUGGCGCCUUUCUUUACCUCACG